GCACAGCCAUCCUCCCAGCCAGUCACCUCGAGUGCGUCCGGACUGCAAACAGACCCACACCGGGAGCAGCCGCAAGACCAAGUGUGUGUGUGUGUCUGUGUGUGUGUGUAUGCGUGUGUGUGUGAGCACAGGGAGCCCGGAGCCUGGAGGGGAGCAUGGGACGCCGGUGCUCGGAUCAGGACUGAGUGUGGUCUGCACGCCGUGAAGCCCCUCCGACUCAUUUCUCUGCUCUCAGUCACGUUUCCCCCGCUGACACAAUGGGCUGCUGCAGCGGACGAUGCACCCUCAUCUUUAUUUGCACUUUACAGCUGGUUUUGGCUUUAGAAAGGCAGGUCUUUGACUUCCUCGGGUACCAGUGGGCCCCCAUCCUUGCCAACUUCUUCCACAUCAUCAUCGUCAUCCUCGGCCUCUUCGGCACCAUCCAGUACCGGCCCCGAUACAUCAUCGUGUACACAGUGUGGGCCGCUCUCUGGGUAGCCUGGAACGUCUUCAUCAUCUGCUUCUACCUGGAUGUAGGAGGCCUGUCCAAGGACAGCGACCUGCUCACGUUCAACAUCUCGGCCCAUCACUCCUGGUGGAGCGAGCACGGGCCCGGCUGCGUGAGGAGGGAGAUGCCCCAGGCGCCGGGGGUCCGGACCACGGAGAGCCACUCCUACAUCACCGUCAUGGGCUGCCUCAUGGACUACCAGUACAUCGAGGUCAUGCACAGCAGCACGCAGAUCCUGGUCGCUCUCCUGGGGUUCGUAUACGCCUGCUAUGUUGUCAGCGCUAUCACUGAAGAGGAGGACAGCUUUGAUUUUAUUGGUGGAUUUGACCCAUUUCCACUCUACCAUGUCAAUGAGAAACCAUCUCAUCUCCUCUUAAAGCCCAUGUACCUGUCUACGUAAAUAGGAUGCAGCGCGGCGCCGUUACAGCAAAUUCCCAAGAAGACUGUUUGGCUGUCUGCGACACGAACCUCCCAGCGCUCGUCCGCACACAAGACGCUCGCCUCUUUUCUGAUUCCCCCACUUUAAACAUGUCAUUUACUGGUGUGCUGCCCAGAAAAGCCAACAUUUCCCAACAAGGGUCCGUUGUGAUGAGGUUAGGGAAGAGGGGAAUUACAGUGUAACCAAGUGUGUAUUUAGGGAUAUUUGUGUGUUUAGGGAAGUAUCAGUACUUUGUGUUGGGCUCUCGGCCGGCGCCCCAUCGCAGUGGCUCACACCCCCCCAGGACUGCGACUGGAUCAAACAUGUACAGCUAAUACAUUCUUUGUGUGUGUAAUCAGGGACUGCCCGGUGCUGCCGGUCUGCGGGGCUGCGUCUUACAGGACUCAGUGAUUUAGCAUAUUAUUGCGGGUUUGGCUCAAAUCUCGGCCGGAGGGCUGAAUUACAGCGGAGCCUGUGGAAUGAGCCAUUGUGUUGCUGCCUGUUUACUUAGGGCCGGGAUCUGUGAGCAUAAAUACAGGAGCCGGAGCAGGAAGAGGCAGGGGAGGGGAGAGGUGGAGGGUGGGGAGGGACCGCAGCACCAAACUUACAGGGGCAUCUGUCAAAAAUAGAAAAUGUAAAUAAUGAAGCUGGAACGGGGAGAGGGAGAUUUUCUUUUUUUUUCUACCUAGCUUGAAAUGUGAACUAUCAAGAAUGCAAAAGAGCCUGUAAGAGGUGUUCAAACACCAGAAAUGGCAUGCAAGUCUUACUUUUAUUUCUGGAGUCUUGUUAUUGUGAGUUUUUUUUUUUUUCUUCACACAGAACAGACAGUAUUUCUGAAGUGUCUGGUGUUCGGCUUUGCUUUCACUUCAGCUUUUCACAGUCUGCUGACAGAUCUGGUAAAGGGUGCUGACGACACACGCUCAAGCAAAGGUUACGUUAGGUUACGUAUUCCACUUUGAACAAACAAUAGGAACUUGUUUAUUGUUCUUAUGGCUGGCUGGGUGUGGAGGAGCAGAGCCGCGUUGCCCCUCAGUUAAACAGCCGAAGCCUCUUCAUGGUGAUAGUUGUGAUUGUUUUAUAGCAUGUGUAUCAUACAAGAGAGAGGGUGUCGAACCAGCAUCUUUGACCGACUGUGAGAGGAACUGCAGAGACUGAAAGAACUGAAAGAGACGCUUUAUUCCAAGCGUUUUUAUCCUGAAGCGCACACACACAUGGACCAUUUCUCUGUCACUGAUUGGCUGCACUUUUUUGAUCACUCCUGGUCUUCCAGGACAAAGUCAGACAUUGUCAGAUCCCCCUGCUGCCUUACUGUUUGUGUGAAUCACUACUGCCCCCUGGUGUUCAAAGUGUUCAUGUACAAGUUGCAAGGCUACCGAGCGCCUGCAGCAUGUUUGCUCCCUCCUAAAUGUCUUCUUCAGUUACUUUCUUUUUAUGUUUCCUCUGUUAGUUCUGUUCAGUUUCAGGUUUACUAUAUAAGUCACUGAAGUGUGUGCAAAGUUUUCAUUACUGUGUGGACUGAAACAAAAUAAGUAUUCUUGUCUCAGUUCUUUUUUGAUCUGUUUUUCUAUUGUUUGCACCAAGAUAUUCAGAGUGUGUGUCUGAUUCCUCUUUGAUUUAAAAAUGCUUCACUGCCAGACGGACAGCCUGUAAACUGUUAUGAAUGAAAACCAUCCGACCACUUCUGCAGGCUGAUUUAACGCAGGAAACCACCCUGACUGAACCGGCCGCCUCUCCGUCGGAGAGAUGCAAUAACUUACGUCACUAUUGUCUUCAUGAUUUAAAAUUUUACACGCGAUAGAUGGUGUGUGGGUGAACAGAAACACAAAGCACCUCAUAUUGUAACAUAAUCAGUAUUAGUAGUUAUACACUGCUAAAGUCUUUAUGAAAAAAAAAACAACAACUAGUCUUCCUCUCAGUGCAAUACAGGCUUUUACUGACUGAUAUUAGUUGAGACCUGUUAUGGUUGUUUGUGUGCUAGUCUCCACUGAAAAUAGUCCACCUCUUGUAGAUAAUCUUUGUAUAGAAAGUUGAAAACUGUUUUUUUUUUUCUUUCUUUUUGCAUCCGGUGUCGCUUCAACCCAACAUGACCUGAUUGUGUAAUCCUAUUUAUCCAAAACUGUGCUUUGUGUUCAUGUAAAUAGGUGUUUGUUAAUAAAAGAAUGUGCUCUUUUACUGA